CUAAAAACUAGGACAAAACAUGAAUAUAGGACUUUCCACAAGCGAUGUAAUAAUAAUAAAGUCGAAUGAGUGAUGAAUUCACGUGUCAACCCCCAUAUAUACACAGUUCUUUGUGGAUAGUUAAGUACUACCUAAAAACUGGUAAGUGAACAUCAGAACAUGUACUAGUUGGGUCCUUUGUUACUACUUUCAUCUAUAUAUAUUCGACAGUACAAACAAGUUGUUAUGCAUGUUAUCAUAAUAAUCAUCACUUCAUCAAUAUGGUAGUGAAAGUUUAUGGUUCAAUAAGGGCAGCAUGCCCUCAAAGGGUGUUGGUUUGCCUCAUAGAGAAAGGGAUAGAAUUUGAAGUUGUUCAUGUUGAUCUUGAUAAAGGAGAGCAAAAACAACCUCAAUUCCUUCUCCUCCAGCCCUUUGGUCAAGUUCCAGUUGUUGAAGAUGGUGAUUUCAGACUCUUUGAAUCAAGGGCUAUUGUAAGGUACUAUGCAGCAAAGUAUGCAGACCAAGGUCCUGACCUACUUGGUACAACUCUAGAAGAGAAAGCAUUGGUUGAUCAAUGGCUUGAAGUUGAAGCUCACAAUUUCAAUGAUUUAUGUUUCAAUAUCAUGUUUAAUCUUGUAAUUCUACCAAGGAUGGGAAAAACUGGAGACAUUGCUUUAGCUCAUAUUUGUGAACAAAAGCUAGAGAAAGUACUUGAUGUGUAUGAAACUAGGCUCUCUAAAAGCACUUAUCUUGCUGGUGAUAAGUUCACAUUGGCUGAUCUUACCCUUUUACCUGGAAUUGAACAUCUUAUUGAGGGUGCAAAAUUGGGACAUUUGAUUAGUGACAGGAAGUAUGUGAAUGCUUGGUGGAAGAAAAUUUCAAGUAGGCCAUCUUGGAAGAAAUUAAAGGAAUUAGUUAAGUAAAAUGGAGAAUGUGUCACUCAUGAAAGGAAAACAGUGAAAAUUAUGUUUGGUUAUUUUUGCAUUAUUUUAAUUGGCUAAGUAUAUGACCUGUUUAUGAUUAUGUAAUUUUACCAUAUAAUAAUUGUUUACGAUCAAAAUAAACUUGUAAACAUUAGUGUCUAAUUGUGUUUUUGUUAACUUUAUCAA